UAUCAAAAGCGCACACAUCAUCAAAACUGGUGCCCGUAUGUGGUAAUGGCUUUUGCGACUUGCGUCCACUCCACCGCCCUCACUCACACACUCGUCCCCUUUCUCCACCGCGGGCCGCCUCUCGGGCACUCUACCUUUUGCCGUCUCUACCGCUUCAAUUCGCCCGGUUUCUUUACUUUAUCCUCGAACAGCUUUAAACAUCUGGUUCCGCCGGUUUUUGCGCAGGCUCGGCGAAGCUUUUCUUCCAUGGCUAAAGAAGAAGCAGUAGCCUCCCCGGCUGAAUUGCAAUUUGAGGGGCGGCUUGAAAUAGUUCAGUAUCCAGACCCAGUACUGAGAGCCAAAAACAAGCGGAUAAACACGUUUGAUGAGAGCCUGAAAAAGCUUGUAGACGUUAUGUUUGAUGUAAUGUACAGAACUGAUGGCAUUGGGCUCUCAGCACCCCAAGUUGGGAUUAAUGUUCAGCUUAUGGUGUUUAAUUCAGUUGGUGAGCGUGAUGAGGGAGAGGAGAUUGUUCUCGUCAAUCCACGCAUCAGCAGAUAUUCAAGAAAGAUAGUGCCUUAUAAUGAGGGUUGUUUAUCCUUUCCUGGGAUUUAUGCUGAUGUUGAGAGACCAGAUUCAUUAAAGGUUGAUGCACAGGAUAUUACUGGUGCAAGGUUUGAAGUUAACUUGACUGGACUUCCUGCACGGGUGUUUCAGCAUGAAUAUGAUCAUCUGCAGGGAAUCCUUUUCUUUGAUCGAAUGAGUGAUGAAGUUCUUGAAACUAUUCGUACAGAGUUACAGGGCCUGGAAAAGAAAUAUGAGAUGAGGACCGGAAAGCCAAGUCCAGAAAAGAUUGAUGCACGCAGGAGGAGCAAGAAAGCUGUCGGGUUUGGGAAGUCAUGAUUUUUACAAAUAUAGAAAUCUACGCUCCUCCGUCGAAUGUAUAAGCAACACACUACCCUCUUUACCUUUCGUGAUUCAACUUUUGGAUGCUCUAUUCUAUAGUUAUAUUUGGUUUCUACUCUA